AGCAAGAAUGUCCAGGGAAUGUUGGCACUGAAGCAGUGGCCUUUUUUCCAUUUCUCUGGAAGGACUCCCAGCAGACUAGAGAAUGCAAAACUCUCUCAGGAUUCAAAGUUUGCUCCUCACUCGCACUUCAGAAAGCCAAGACGGAGAGAUCUAAUGUCACGUAGCCACAAAGCUGUGCGUGAGGACAUCUGAUUAUCUCCAGUGCUGACCGAGACAGCAAAAGAGAGAAAGAGAGAGAGGAUGCCUCGCCUUCUCCCCAAAGGGUCGUAACAGAACUACUGUAGUGUAAAGUUGAAGGAAGGAUAAUGUAAAAAAAAAAAAAGUCAUCUUCAGCUUGCACAUGUUCUUGAUAUCAACAGCUUGCUUCUUUCAUGUCGUGUGUGGAAGAGAAAACUCAAGAGGCUCUUUUACUGCUGCGUGGGAGUGAGGGUCACGGAAAGUCUCUGUGAAGUUCAAGGGGUCCAUUGAGGCUUUGUUUUAUUUAACUACUUUGAAAUAAAUUUGGAAGUACCAACAGGGCCACCUGCCUACAAUUUAUUACCUGAUUCUCCCUAGUGCCCCUCCUGGCAGGUGCAAUGGAGGCAGUGCUGGUCGGGUUUGAAGACCUCUUCUACAGCAGGAAUACCCUAAUAUGGAAUCUUACUUCCCAAGCUCUCCGAAGCUGGCGACUUGUCAACCUACGAACAUUACAGCUGAUACUGAGGCCAAGAUGCAUCUCCAGGAUGGUUUACCAGAUGACGGAAGGGCGUCGAUGUCAAGUACAUCUUCUUGAUGAUAGGAAGUUGGAACUUCUGGUGCAGCCAAAGUUACUGGCGAAAGAUCUCUUGGAUCUUGUAGCUUCUCACUUCAACCUGAAAGAAAAGGAAUACUUUGGAAUUUCUUACACAGAUGAAACUGGUCACUUCAGUUGGUUGCAGCUCGACCGAAGAGUACUGGAACAUGAUUUUCCUAAAAAGUCAGGACCAGUAGUUUUGUACUUCUGUGUGAGAUUCUACAUUGAAAGUAUAUCCUACCUAAAGGACAAUGCUACAAUAGAGCUGUUUUUUCUUAAUGCAAAGUCCUGUAUUUACAAGGAGCUGAUUGAAGUGGACAGUGAAGUGGUGUUUGAAUUAGCUUCCUACAUCUUGCAGGAAGCAAAAGGAGACUACUCAAGCAAUGAUGUUGCAAGAGCUGACCUGAAGAAGCUGCCGGCCCUCCCAACCCAAGCACUAAAGGAGCAUCCCUCUCUUGCUUACUGUGAAGACCGAGUUAUAGAGCACUACAAGAAGCUGAGUGGUCAGUCCAGGGGCCAAGCAAUUGUAAAUUAUAUGAGCAUUGUGGAAUCUCUUCCUACAUAUGGUGUGCACUACUAUGCAGUUAAGGACAAGCAGGGUAUUCCUUGGUGGAUGGGACUGAGUUACAAAGGAAUAUUUCAGUAUGACUACCAUGAUAAAGUGAAGCCACGAAAAGUUUUCCAAUGGAGGCAGCUGGAAAACCUGUAUUUCAGGGAAAAGAAGUUUUCAGUGGAAGUCCAUGAUCCACGUAGGGCAUCGGUAACCAGAAGAACCUUUGGUCACAGUGGAAUUGCAGUCCAUACAUGGUAUGCCUGUCCUGCCCUUAUAAAGUCCAUAUGGGCAAUGGCCAUUAGUCAGCACCAGUUUUACCUGGACAGAAAACAAAGUAAGUCAAAAAUCCAUGCAGCCAGAAGCCUAAGUGAAAUUGCUAUUGACCUGACUGAAACUGGAACACUGAAGACAUCCAAGUUAGCUAAUAUGGGAAGCAAAGGAAAAAUUAUCAGUGGCAGCAGUGGCAGUCUUCUGUCAUCAGGUUCACAGGAGUCAGAUAGCUCCCAAUCUGCCAAGAAAGAUAUGCUUGCAGCUCUAAAAUCCAGACAUGAAGCUCUGGAAGAGACACUGCGCCAGCGCAUAGAAGAACUGAAGAAACUAUGUAUACGAGAAGCGGAAUUAACAGGAAGAUUGCCAAAGGAAUAUCCUUUGGACCCUGGUGAGCAACUCCCUAUAGUGAGGCGAAAAAUUGGCACUGCCUUUAAACUGGAUGAGCAGACAAUCUUGCCCAAAGGAGAGGAGGCAGAGCUGGAGCGUCUAGAAAGGGAGUUUGCCAUUCAGUCCCAGAUCACAGAGGCAGCUCGAAGACUUGCUAGCGAUCCUGGUGUUAGCAAAAAGUUAAAGAAACAACGGAAGACCUCUUAUCUGAAUGCACUGAAGAAGCUUCAGGACAUAGAGAAUGCGAUUAAUGAAUAUCGUAUCAAAUCUGGGAAAAAGCCCACUCAGCGGGCAUCUCUUAUUAUAGAAGAAGCAAACAUUGGCUCUGAAGACAGUUCCUUAUCCGAUGCUCUUGUUCUUGAAGAUGAUGAUUCUCAGGUGACCAACACCUUUUCUCCAGCUGCAUCUCCGCACAAAGGCCUGCCUCCCCGUCCCCCGUCCCAUAGCCGGCCAGCACCUCCACAGUCCCUUGAGGGGCUGAGGCACUUGCACUACCAGCGUAGCGAUUAUGACAAAUCUCCUAUCAAGCCCAAAAUGUGGAGCGAGUCAUCUUUAGAUGAGCCAUACGAGAAAGUCAAGAAGCGUUCUUCUCACAGUCAUUCUAGCAAUCACAAGCGCUUUCCUAGUUCAGGAAGCUGUGCAGAAGCUGGAGUGAGCAAUUCCUUACAGAAUAGCCCAAUCAGAAGCCUCCAACACUGGAAUUCCCAGUCAAGUAUGCCAUCAACACCAGAUCUACGGGUACGCAGUCCGCAUUACAUCCAUUCCACUAGAUCAGUAGAUAUCAGCCCAACUCGACUGCACAGUUUAGCACAGCACUUUAGACAUAGAAGUUCCAGCUUGGAAUCACAAGGCAAACUUUUGGGUUCUGAGAACGACACAGGGAGCCCUGAUUUCUAUACACCCAGAGCACGCAGCAGCAAUGGUUCUGACCCCCUAGAUGACUGUUCUUCUUGCACCAGCCACUCAAGUUCGGAGCAUUAUUACCCAGCCCAGGGAAGCCACAAUUAUUCGACCCUUGCUGAGGACUCCCCAUCCAAAGCUAGGCAGAGACAAAGACAGCGGCACAAAUCAGCAGGGAACCUUGGAUCAUCAAAUUCUGGUAGCAUGCCCAAUUUGGCUGCAAAAAAUGGUGGAACACAGCAUGGAGUUUACAUGCAUAGCCAGAGCCAGCCAUCCUCGCAGUACCGGAUCAAGGAGUACCCUUUGUACAUAGAAGGAAGCCCAACACCACUGGUGGUGCGCAGUCUGGAGAAUGACCAAGAGGGACACUACAGUGUAAAAGCACAGUUUAAAACUUCAAACUCUUAUACUGCUGGUGGGAUGUACAAAGACAGCUGGCAUGGGGAGGAUGGAGAAGGAAGUGGUCGAUUAACUCCCUCACGCUCCCAGAUUGUAAGGACUCCCUCACUGGGAAGGGAGGGCAGUAAUAGGACUGCUGUGUCUGAUGAGCUUAGGUGCUGGUACCAGCGCUCAUCAGCAUCCCUUAAAGAGCACAACAGACUGUCUCACACAAGUUCAAAUUCUUCAGAUAGCAGCUCCCAAUAUAGCACACUACAGGGCUCAUAUUUGGCACAGAGCCGGGGAUCCAGGAUACCACCCUUCUCCAGUACUUCAGCAGCUGCCUCCCCUCGCAGUCAGAGGAGCAUGACACCAUCUAGUGAACUUGUAGCAUCGCCUCCCAGCAGUCCACAACAUCUCUUAAGCUGGCAGAGUGGGUCCUACAAUGAAAGCUGUUACAUGGAUAGUACCCGGUACUCUGAAAUAGUGGAUGUUCAGUGGUAUGGACGAGAGAAGGCCAAGCCUGGAACACUGGUCUGAACUUUUUUUCACAGCCGAGCUACUUAGCACAUGUUUAAUUUUUGGACUUCCCUGCUUUUUCCUUUUUGUUGCCUUAUCUUCGUAGAAUAUCUCCUCUAUGUUCAGUUCCAAGCACUUUUAUUUUAGUUCACUGAGCAAUGUCAUAACUUGGGACUCUGUGAAAGAUAUGAAGAUGCUGAGCCCUGGAACCAUACAGUUUUUUUUUCAUUUUCUUUUCCAAUGGUUGUUGCAGCUGGUCUUUCAGAUUAACCAUCAACUGAACGCUGCCAGGAAAGCCUUUGUAAAAUUCCAGCCUUUAAGAAAAUGGCAGUGAAGAUCUCCAGUUUGAAAAUGUACCGAAAACCCCAGAGGUAAUGAUGGAUUUACAAAAAAAAAGACCAAGCCAAUCAGUCAUCAUCUUGGACAUCAGACAUUCAUAUGCAAUGCAAUACCUGCUGCAAACCUGCCCACUUUCAUUAAAACAAUUGGCUGUUGGUUACUUCAGAAACAAAAAAAGUGUUGUUUUUUUGUUUAAACCCAAUUCCUGUGGGUUCAUGGCCUCUGAUUUUGAACUACUAGGAAAUUACUUUGUUCCUCUAAGUUGUUUUUUUUUUUGUUUGUUUGUUUUUUGUUUUUUUUAAAGAAGAAAUUUCAGCUUGCUACUUGAAAUAUGGCAGUGGUCUUUUUCAAUAUGGCAGUAAGUCACUAGCUUCUGAACUAAACUACCAAAGAUCCAAACAAGAACAUAAGUACUGAAUUGCUUCUUACAAGACCUUCGCUUGAACGUUCACAACACAUAGAGAGUACAGUCCGAUUAUCCUGCAACUCAAGGACUUGAGAAAAGGGCAACUGUCUGCAGUUUUCUGUUGACCCACCUAAAGCUUCGACAAACCGAAUUUCAGUUUAUUUUUGGUAAUGAUUUUACAUUGUCUGUCACUCGGACAGGGCCAGUUUGUUUAUUUCUCUGUGUGUUUUAAACUCAUUUCAAAUUAAGCUGCAGUAUUCAGACUGCCUAAAUGAUAAAACAAGAAUUGAAGCUUAACAUUUUAAUUUCAGCUUCUCUGUUUUUAGGUGCGUUUCCCUGUCUAACACAUUCACAACUGACUAUUGCUGAUCCCUGAGCCUCUUCUACCUUGGUAGGAGUUAACAGCCGUGACGUUUAUUUAGUAUGACAUGGUUUUUGGCCCUUUUUUUGUGCUCUUUGAUCUCUCUGCACCCGCAACAGAAGGGUUCUUUGCCCAUAUUGGUGCUUAUAUACCCUUUGGUGCUGUAAUUGCUUGCACUGUGCCAUUACUGCAGCAGCAAGAUAAACUUUUAGAACUGGAAGUGUUUGAACAUAUCACGAAUGAAUUCCAUCAGAUCAUCAAGGGAGUUGACAAAGCUGCUGUAUUUCUUUACUGAGUUUCUUUUUACUCCAAAACUUCCAGAACAAAAGUUGGUUAGCAACAAGACAACAUUAAGCAUAACAAAAACUAGCAGAUAUUUAUUUUUGCCAUAGUAUGUGGUACUGGUCCAGGGUGCAGUGCCAUCUUUAUUAUUACAGACCACCAGCAUACCGAAACCCUCCGUAACACCAGGUGUUUCAGAUACCGGUUCCAGUAACCUUGAGUCUCAGGUGAUUUCUAUGAAUAGACUGUUGGUUCUCGCUCUGCAUCAGUUGAAACUACUUGCUUUCUUCUAAUCUGUAAACUAAAACAGCUGCUUCAAAGUGAUGGCAUCCAGGAUGCACAAAAUCCAGGAGUAUUUGACACUUUGAAAUUGCAACGCACAAAAUAAAUACACAAUUAGUAGUAAUGGAGUCAACCAAACAGUCUUUAUUCUGGCCUUUUUAAAAUCCCUAAACCAUACAUUUCUGGCCUGUUUUUCAGUCUCCUUGUUGUCAGGUCACUAACCUGGUACAGUCCACAAGAUGGAUCAAAGUUUUUAGAGAACUCUUUGCGCGGUGCAUUCCGUCUACUAAUGGAAAAGGACAAAAGUGCAUGAGCAAAAAA